GAUGAUUUCUUCGGUUCGGGUGAUGUUCGAGCUGAUGAGCGAGAUAUUACUCAAUAUACGAUUAAAAUUGAUCGAUCAGCAGUUGAUAACUUCAAGGAAAAUGUGAAACUGAAGCGGGCACAACUUGUUUCUGAAUUGGAAGAAUCAAGGAACGUGGUGCAGUCGACUGAAAGUAAAAUUUAUGUGAAGGACCUGUAUAAGAGUAUGCUGACUUUCGACUGGCCACAGCAUCAGUACUUUCUGAAUACAUUUGCACAAUACAGGACCGAAAUCGAAGGACUACGCGUUCAUUUCGCUAGAAUUGCAUAUCCUGAUUCAUAUAAACGCAUCUAUCCUAUACUUCUCAUCCACAGCUGGCCAAGCACAUUCUGGGAAUUUUAUAAGGUGAUUCCAAUUCUGAGUAAUCCCGACCGAUUUGGCUUCGAUUUUGGAGUGAAAACCCGUUUUGCCUUUGAGGUGAUUGUACCUUCUAUUCCGGGCCUCGCAUUCUCCGAUAAACCUUCGAAACCAGGAUUGGGUAUCGUUGAGUCGGCUCGUAUUUUGGGGAAGUUAAUGGAAAAAUUGGGUUUCCUUAGCUAUUUUGUACAUGGGCACGGUUAUAUCGGAUGUAACAUCGGGCUACAUGUCGGCAAUCCUUCAAUGCCAAAUUUCUUAUCGACACAGUUCAUUUUCAAGCAACAUCUUGAUAACCUGCUCUCUUACAUUUUCAACUUUCACUCAAUUGCAGCCGUUGAUUUCGCAAGUAUGAGUCAUAAUGAUGUUGAAUGGCAAGAUUGCUGA